AUGUUCACGACGUCCUCACUCUUCCUUCAUACACUCGCCCAGGUUGGCAUCACCCACGCAUUUGUGAACUGGGGAUCAGACCAUCCCGCUCUACUCGAGGACUUGGAGAGGCAGCGCGUUCAGUACGGGAGGACGAGGCUCGAAAUUAUCAUAUGUCCGAACGAGAUGGUCGCGCUGAGCGCAGCGCAGGGGUACGCGCAGGUGACGGGGAAGCCAGCUGCUGUUAUCGUGCACGUUGGGAUUGGGACACAGGCUCUUGCAGGCGCGCUUCACAACGUCGAUGUUGGUCGAACGCCUGUUCUCAUCUACGCUGGUGCCUCGCCGUUCACCUGCGAAGGCGAGCUCAAGGGCUCACGUAACGAGUGGAUUAUGUGGAUGCAAGAUAUUCCGGAUCAAACUCAAGCAGUGCGCCAACACAUGCGGUAUACGGCUCAAAUCGAGUCGCCCGUUAACCUCACGCAGGUGGUUCGGCGAGCGCUGCAAAUAGCGACGUCAGAGCCACAGGGACCUGUGUACCUCUGGGCGAGAAGAGAGGUCAUGGAACAGGAGAUCGACGAGUCACUCAUGAAAGCCCCCAUCACAAUGUACAAAUGGCCAGCAAUAUGCCCUGCUGGUCUUUCACCUGUCGCCGUCUCCACCAUCGCCUCUGCGCUCCUCACAGCCCACCGUCCACUCAUCUUGACGUCGCACAUCGGGAGAAUGCCCUCGGCUAUCUCACCUUUGUUGGCGCUCAGCACGCUCCUCGCGGUGCCAAUUGUAUCUGUCACACCAUCGACGACGAACUGUCCCCACUCAUUUCCUUACUUCCUUGGAACGACGAUUCUCACGCCGGGCACGCACACGCCGCUCUUGCGGACUGCGGAUGUCGUCCUCGCCAUCGAAGUCGGAAUGCCGUGGAUACCAAUGAACCGCGACUCUGCAGGGAACUUCGAAAGGCCAAGUGAAGACGCCAGGGUGUUCGUGCUCGAUGGUGGGGACCCGCUCAAGGGUGGCAUCGGAAUGUGGCACGUCGAUGCGGAGCUUGUGGCGCGCGCCGAUUCGGAGGUGGCGCUGACGCAGCUUCUGCAGGCGACGAAGUUCACGAACGAGAAAAACGGAGCGCUUACCAAUGAGACCGUCAGAGAGCGGUCUCAGGAGAUCACGAGGCUGCACGACGAGUGGAUCGCAAGGAUGGACGCGGCGGAGGCGUUCGAGUCUGUUCCGAGGCCUCUGUCGCCUGAUACAGAGCCAUUACUGUCGUCUUUCACAGCGUCGCAGAUCAUCGCUUCCCUCCGCCGCGCGAUCGAAGCGAGCGUGCCUCGCGGGGGAGCGCUGAUUCUCAACGAGUCUGUCACCAACUUUGCACAGACAUGGGGGCACACUCGCGCCGAGGGACGGUUCUCGUUCGACGACGACUGGAAGAAGCCAUGUGCAUCUUCGGAAGCAUUGUCAGGCGCCAGCAUCGGGUCCGUCAUCACCUCGGGGGGCUCGUCGCUGGGAUGGGGAAUCGGAGCUGGCGUCGGGUCUAUCCUCGGCAGCCGCGUCGUUGAUGCCGCCACUGCGACAUGCACCGACACCCCUCCUCCCACUCCAGGCACCGGCGUUGGUACGCGACAAGGCGGGUACGACUUCGUCGCUGCCGUCGUUGGCGACGGGUCUUACAUGUUCGGUGUUCCGUCAUCCACGUACUGGAUGGCGCGAAAAUACGACACUCCGUUCCUCACCCUCAUCCUAAACAACUCGGGAUGGUCCGCCCCGAAAGCGUCUCUCCGCGGUGUCUACCCAAAUGGAUACGGAAGCCACGCCCCCGGCGAAGUGCUCUCCGUAGGCUUUGGACCGCACGUUCCCGACCACGCAGGCGUUGCUGUCGCCGCGAGCGCUGGGUGGGUGUGGGGAAGGCACGUUAGCGCGCGUGGCGUCAGGAAUCCCGGAGUCUAUAAGGAGGUUCAAGUGGACGGGGUCGAAGAGACGCGCUGCCUUAAUCCAGCGGAGCUGUUGGACGAGGUGAUGCGGGAGGCGGUCAGAGUUGUGUUCGUGGAGCGGAGGUGUGCGGUCUUGGACUGCGUCCUGGAGAGUAUAUAG